AUGCCCCCCCUCGGCCUCGAAAAUGGAAAUCAUACGUCCCUUGCACAACCCAUCAAUGCUAACGAGUGGAGCCCGCCCGGAGCUGGUCUUGUGCGAGGCAAGGUCGCUGCAGGUUCCUGGGAUAUGAAGGAUCUCUCCUCUAUCGAUCGUAAUAUUCGGCUGGGAUCCACCCUUGAGCUGGCAGACCGGUCUUCGGCCGAGCCCUGCUAG